GCUCCGGCGCCCGCCUCCUGUAGCGCGUCUACACGUUGUUGAGACAACAUGGAGCGAUCGGAGCGGGAGAUUCCGAAGUCAUGGGUGCCAGACCGAACCGUGUGGCUGAAUGCCGGGGUGCCGAUGCCGCUGCUGGGCUUGGGGACCUUCUGUCUUCGGGGCGACGAGACGGUGCGCCUCAGCCUGGAGGCCGCUCUGGAGAACGGCUACCGUUUGGUGGAUACAGCUGCCGUCUACGGCAACGAAGCCGCGAUAGGCUCCGCGCUUAACACGUUGCUGCCUCGGCACGGACUCAGCCGCGCAGAUAUCUUCCUUACUAGCAAGUUGAGCCCGAAGGACCACGGGGAGGAACAGGCCGAAGCCGCCUGUCUCCGCAGCUUGAAGGAACUGGGCUGCGACUACCUGGACCUGUACUUGGUGCACUGGCCGGGAACUCAAGGCCGGCCUCAAGACGAUGCGGGGAAUCGAGAGCGGAGGCUGCGGAGCUGGAGGGCGCUGGAGAAGCUGCACAGCGGCGGGAAGCUGCGGGCCAUUGGAGUCUCGAAUUAUACCAUUCGGCAUCUCGAGGAACUGCUGGCCGAGUGCCGGGUGCGUCCAUCCGUUCUCCAAGUGGAGUUCCACCCGGAAUUGGCGCAGUCACCAUUGCUAAGCUUCUGUCGUCGAGAGGGUAUCCACCUCCAAGCCUAUUCCUCGCUGGGCGCGGGGCACUUGGUGGGUCGGCCAGAGGUAGCCAAGGUGGCCAUGCGCCACGGUCGCCAGCCCUCGCAGGUCUUGUUACGCUGGGCUCUGCAGCAAGGGGUGAGCGUCAUCCCCAAGUCGGCCUCCCCGAGUCGUGUAGCCGAAAAUGCUCAGCUCUGGACUUGGGAGCUCAGCCAGGCGGAUAUGGAGGAACUCAAUGCGAUGGAUUGUGGGAAACAUUACUGCUGGGAUCCCAGUGGUGUGGCUUAGGGGCAAGAGGAAGAAGUGCAAACGUUCAGGAGAAGGGUAGGGGAAGAGAUGGAUGGGAAUGAGAUUCCGUAAGUGUGAAUAAACUUUUAUGAAAGUAAAAAAAAAAAAGAUUGAGACAGGAGGGAGGAGUUGGAGGAUUUGAGAAGAGGUUCUGGGUUUGAGCCUGCCACUUUUG